GACAGAAAUGCAACGCGCAAAUGUGCGCAAAGCCUCUGACUCAGGCCCGACGAACGUGGAGACCAGCGGCGAUGCCACUGCAGCGAAGUCCGCUAGCGUAAAGAUUCGAGUCGUGGAGGGCAUUCCCAUCGCCGGCUUCCACGACUCAGUCUUACGCGCUGCGCUGUGCUAUGAGCCUCGCGACGACGAAGUGUUCGUGGUGGCCUACCCGAAGUCCGGAACCACGUGGGUGCACUUCGUGGCGAGGCGAGUGCUGCACUGGAGACACGAGAGCCCGGCGGAAAGCGCGGUGCAAUGCAUGCUGAGCUCCAUCUUUGGCUACACCGGCAGCGACACUCCCAACGCGGUGAUCAAGACGCAUCUGCCCUUCGGCAAGACACCCUUUUCGGUGAAGGCCAGGUACAUUUACGUGCUGCGGAACCCUUACGACUGCUGUGUGUCGUACUACCACCAGCGGCUGGGGCUUGCACACUCACCGGCAAUCAGCUUCGACAAGUUUUUAGACGAGUUCAUCGAGGGCGAAGUACCAUUCGGUGACUACUUCGAUCACCUGGCUGCCUGGUUUCCGCAGACGUCGAGGCCCAACGUCCUCUGUGUGCCCUACGAGCAACUGAAGACGGACGUUCGUGCUGGGAUCCUCCGUAUAGCCGACUUCCUUGGCAGAGAGCAUGGGAAUGCUUUGCGCAACGAUGACGGAGCACUCGAACAAAUUAUUCAGACAACGUCUCCAAAUGCCAUGCGAAAGCAUUUUACAGAAGCAAGAGAAGCAGUACUCUCCUCCUCAAAUGACAAAAAGAAAACGGAAGUAGCUGCGGCAUUUAUAGCAAGGGGCCUUCGGAAACCAGCGGCUGGUGCGGGCUCCGAGGACAAGACAAAUGUAUUCAAGCUGGUGCGGAAAGCGACCGUCGGUGACUGGAGAAACCACUUUUCCACACCUCAAGCGGAGCGCAUGAAAUCCAACAUGGAGUCCAAGAUGGCGUCCAAGAUGGCCGAGCAUCGAGAGGCCGUGCUCGCUCUGUGGAAGGAUCUCUCACUGCCGUAGCCGAUGGUAGAAUCGGUAUGCCUCGUCUGGAAAAGCGUGCUUACGACUGGUCGUCGGCCCCUAUACUAUCUGCACCUAAUGUAUCCCAUUCUGAUAGUGUGACGUAGUCCGCUUUUCUACGAAGUUCAGCAUUUGUAUUCUCAAGGACAUCUUGAAGGGUGGAAUUAGGAUUACGGUGACCUAUAUUGUUGUCACCGCAAGAGAGAUCGG